GAGGGUUGUUAUGCAUAUGAUCAAAGCAGAAUUGGCCAGAAAAGGGACAAUUCUUCAACAAGAAGGAAGGGCAGCAAUUGGCACCAACACAUUUAAAUGACAGUUAAAUUUAGCCAAUUAGAAAAGAGCAUUCUACUUGCAGUUUUGAGUUUCAACAACUUAGGGGCUAUUUUACGCAAACUUAAGUAGCGCUUGCGUCUUGGAGGAGAAUCCCUACCUCCAUGGAGAAAUCCAAAAACUUUUGCAUUGACGCGCUCCUGGCGCAUGAUCCGGAGCAGAGGAGGGACAGGGACUUCGUGUCCCCGGGAAUGUUUCACAGCGGAAGACCCGAUUAUAGUCCAGAGUCGGCCUCUUGUCAUCCAAACUAUGCAAACACCUCUUCAGUGCAGCUAUCUACCGUAUCCAAGCCUCAUGUUUUCGACCUGUCUCAGUCAGGAUUCACCGCUCUGCAACAAGUUGGUCUUAUUGGAAUGCAUCCGAGAUCCAUGUAUCCGUUUGCGGGACUCGGGGGCCAGCACCCUGCCUUGAUGUAUCCGGCCUUUGCGCAGCUGGUUCAGCCUCAUCCGGAGCACACGAAGGGGGCCAAUGUAGCCACAAUGUUUCCAGUGGAUACUUGGAUCAGAGGAGGAAUGGUGAUGCAAAGAUUCGGAGAGUAUAGCGAACCAGGCCAGGCAGCCUUACUGGGUAGGAGUCGAAAGCCUAGAACAGCUUUUACCAGUCAGCAGCUCCUGGAACUGGAAAAUCAGUUCAAGCUGAACAAGUACCUGUCCAGGCCCAAACGCUUUGAGGUGGCCACCUCACUCAUGCUGACGGAGACUCAGGUGAAGAUCUGGUUCCAGAACAGGCGAAUGAAGUGGAAGAGAACUCGCAAAGUGAGGGAACAAGUUACGGCAACAUCUGUGACUGACAAUAUCAUGGACAUACAGUCUCAAACAUCAUCAUAUCUCUCUCAGCUGGAGCCUGGAAGAUGAAAAGCAGAGAGAAGUAGAGGAUUAGUUUGGAAUAGAGAAAAUGAAAGAGCUGAACGAAGUAUCUUUGGGCUCUGUCAGCUUCACAAGAUACAGAGGACUGGGGGUAGGGAGCUACACUUCUUACUCUGAGGAAAAGGUUGAGGAUGAUCUUCAAAGAGAAAGAAGUGCAACUUCUUUGUAUGAAGCUGCAGACAUGUACACUACUUGCUAUAUGUUUAUUUUGUUUGAUAUUUAUUAUGUUUUUUGUAACUAUACCAGAGUGGCUAGAUGAAGAGAUUGUUUUAGGUCAUAUUGCAAAUCCAUGUUUCCAGCUGGACCAUCUGUCAGUAAAUUAGAGAUGUUGUGCAGAAGUUGCUCUGCAGUUUUUACACAGUGGUUUUGAGUUCAUCACUUUUCCUUCACAGUUUAAAGACUAGCAUGCUAGAUUGCUGAUUUCAUGUUUUUCUUUGUAAGACUUAGUGACCAGGAAGUACAGAAUAGUAAACAGACACAAAACACCAAAACAGGUAUUGUGUAUGCACUUAAAUGAGAUAAACUUAAUUUAUUCUUGCUUAAGGUUUUGGGCAAAAAGACAAAAUGGAUUCGGAAAUUGAAACUAGUGAAGAAUGUCACCAAUACUACUUUAUUCUUGCUCUGUUACAAAGUAUUUACCUUGUAUACUGAAAUACUUUACACAUUUUGUCCUUUGAAAUAAAAUGUUCAUUUGCUCCACUUUUUACUUGUAACUCUUGGGGUUUUACU